UUUUUAAGUGUAUCUACCGGUGAAAACAUAAACAAGUGUCGUAAGCGGAAUCGGGGAAGGAAACGAAGUCCGGAUCCGUUCCUCUUUCUCGGACCGGCCGAUGGCGUCGGCGUCGGCGGCGGCGGCUUUGGAGAAGGCUCGGCAGCUGCUGGAGGAGGCGGCGGCCGAGUCGCUGCCGACGGAGCAGGUGGACGCGCUGCCGUCGGGGUUCUACGACGCCUUCGUGCUCUGCGGCAUCCGCGUCCACGCCGUCGAGCCCGGCCGCCUCCUCUGCCACUUCACCGUCCCCGCCCGCCUCCUCAACUCGGGCAACUUCCUGCACGGUGGCGCCACCGCGUCGCUGGUUGACUUGGUGGGUACUGCUGUCUUCUACACCGCCGGGGCGCAAACCAGGGGCUCACCACUAGAGAUGAACAUCUCCUAUCUGGAUGCUGCAUUUUCGGAUGAAGAGAUUGAUAUCGAGGCCAAGGUUCUGCGUGCUGGAAAAGCAGUAGGAGUGGCCACUGUGGAACUGAAGAAGAAAUCUGGCAAAAUCAUCGCUCAAGCCCGCUAUUCCAAGUAUCUUGGUGCAUCUAGUAAACUGUGAAGGUGUCCUUGCGUUGUAAGCUGUAAGCCUGUAAUUGCUCUUGUUUACUUGGCAGCCCUUAUGUAAUAGAAUAAUGUUGUCUUGAAAUGGGAAAUAUGGAAAUUAGUUCA